AUGCCGUGUAUAGAUGUAGCGAGCAGUCGAGCCUUGCCAAAGGACAACAUAAACAGCGCGGCGAGAUCAUACGAGAUUGUCAACUCAGAUGCCAGAGGGAUCGUGCGCGGGACCGCCCCGAGCACUGGAGGUCUUUGGGCCAACUACAUCGUGGUGCAAGCUUAUCGCAGUGGCGCCUUUUCGCCGGCCAAUGAGGCUGGAUCUUUCAUGCUGACUGAUAUCUCCAACGUCGAUGCCGGCGCGGUAUUCGUGGGGACUUUCGGCGGAGAUUGGGCUGGACUUGGCCUCGUGGAUACCAUUGCCUUCACAGACAGCAAUCCCGCUGAGAAUCUCCUCACGGGCACGGUCACGUGGACUUUCAGUGCAACCACGGACUACGGCUUUGCAGCGGACUGGCGGGUUUACAUCGCAGAUGACACGCAGGGUACGAACAGGCAGCUCCUGGGGACAGUAGCGAAGGAACUGACGGAGCUCUCGAUCACGGACGAAGCUUGUGACCCGACUCAUGUCUAUGUCUUGGUCUAUGCCAACAAUGAGCACGGAGAGUCACCCAACGCCUCCUCGGUGUCCUUCUGGGAUGAUGGCCGCCCAACAUCCACGACUGUCACAGUCACGUCCACCUCUGUAGAUUGGCCUGGCUGCAAGUCGGUGACGUUUACCGACACGGACACGGACGCGAACCAGCUUGGAGGAGUCAUUAACUGGGUCCUCCCGGAUGAUUCGAGCGUGUUUAGUCACUGGACGGUUUACAUGGCGACCACUGCAGACAACAGCAAUGGCCAAGCCUUGCAAGACAGCGUUGAGGGCUUCAACAUCCCAGUGGGUCAAACAAGCCUCACUUUGCAGACCAACCAAGUGAGGCAAACGACAGAUGCUUCGCCGGCCAACUUCAUCGUCGUCCUGGGGUACCGAACUGAUCUGGGGGCCUACCAGAACCCUGCAGUCGGCUGCGCAACAGCCCUUUACGACGACAGCGGUGCAGCACCUGUUGUUGCUCCUUUCAUCACAGCACUUAGCUUUCCUGACGAGGAUCCUAGUUGGGAGUAUGCCAGCGGCACAGUGUCGUGGACCCAAGACAGCUUGACAGCAGAUCAAGCAUCGGUGUCUCACUACAAGGUGUUUUUGGCAGAGGAUCUAAGCGGCACAAACCAGCUGCUGGUCAACACGGUCUCUCGCGAGAGUUCUUCUGCAUCGGUGGCCAGCACCAUGAUAGGCUACCGCAACCACGUUUUGGUUUACGCUUCGAACAACUACGGGGACUCACCGACUUCGGUAGGCUUGGAGUAUCAGGGCAAGAGCCCACUGACCGAAACCGGAACUGUGACCGUGAGCACGACCCUUUUCACCGUGGGUGUCGGCAACGUGCAGUUCACCGACACCAUUGACACAUAUUUUUUCAUCGGCGGAGUACUGACUUGGGAAGAGCCAGCAGACACGUCAGGUAUCACAGAGUAUCGCGUAAGACUGGUUUUCGAUUGGGCGGCCUCACGAGAGCAGCCCGUCUACGAGCCAGACCUUGGCUUUGCCACGGCCGUGCCGGUCGGGACGACCCGGUUCAAAAUUCUGGAUAACACCGCGAGGAGAUUUGCAUGCUGUGAUCCGUCGAUCUAUCCUGCAGCCUGGCUCAUCGUCUACAUCGUCAAGGGAUCUAUACAGCAGGAGGCCAUUUAUGCUGGCCAUGCCCUCAUCCGGGACAACCAGACGACUCACGUAGCAGACAGCAUCUACGUUCAAGAGCUGCAGAUCGUGGACACGACCCCAGAAGACCAAAUCAACAUCACGCUGACUGGCGAGUUGUACUGGAACACCACCGGCCCGGAGUAUCCAAAUGUGGGGGAGGAUUGGAGCCUGAUUGACCAGUGGGACAUCUACCUGGCACAGGGUUCCAGCCUGUCUUCCAGCGAGAGGUAUAUCGCCAGUGUUCCUCUGGGGGCCAAGUCGUACAUUUUCACCGCACAGCCGUUGAAUCAAGGGGACGAUGCGAUCAUCGUCUACGCGUCCAACGCAGUGGGAAAGGCACCUUUUGGCAGUGUCGUGCAGUUCGGCCAGUUCGGGGGCCUUCAGACAACUUCCACCACAACGUAUUCUUCAACUUCCACGAAACCUCUUACAUCCAUGAGCGGGCUUACUGUCACUUUCACCGACACGGACACCAACGCAGGUACUUUGCUAGGCACAAUCACCUGGGACCCUCCCGCCGAUCCCAGUGCACUGACGUCGUAUGACAUCUACAUGUCCAGCGACCAGCAAGGUAGCAAUCAGCAACAACUCGCCGUGGUGCCCUCGAACACAAACUCAUACACAAUCUCGUCCGCGGCCACAAGAACGACAGGCACUGCUUUCCCUGCAAACUGGCUGCUUGUGUACCCAAGCAUUGGUGGCUCUAUCUCAACCUACAUUGAUGCGGCCAGCUUGCCGCUGUACGACAACAGCGGCGCCGUUCCUGGCCAGCCAUCCUUUGACACGGUCACCUUCACAGAUGAGGAUCCUGCAGGCAACUUCGCCUCAGGAACCGUAAGGUGGACACUGGCCGCAAACGCGGACCUUGGCCACAUCACCCACUAUGCUGUGUACCUUGCUGAGGACCAGGCCGGCCUGAACAAGAUAGCUUUCGGCGACCCGGUCACAUGGGACGUGACGGAAGUGGUGGUUGGCACAGGCAUCGAGCUGAGCAGCAGGUACCAUGUGGUAAUCUAUGCUGUCAACACGUAUGGAGAGUCUCUCCAACCUGGCAACAUUGCAUCUUCAGGCGGAACAUCAAUCAUCUUCGGAGAUCUGGGCCAAUCAACCACCACCACGGUCUCAACCACAGCGACAACAGCCACAAGUUCUACGACGACUGGUGUCACAGAGACCUCUGUUACAACUUCCUCAUUGACCUCAACCAGCACCUCAUUGACUUUGACGACGUCCUCCAUCACAUCCAUCACGGUCAGUACAACAACAUCAACCACAAGAUCCUCGACCACAAGCCGAACUUUUUCAACGACGACAUCGGUCACCACGCUGACCAGCUCAACCUCCAGCUCCACAGCCACCACAGUCACAGUCACUACAUCGACGGCUACCUCCACCAGCAAAACUGAGACCAUCAGCACGACCAUGACAUCCUCAAGCACUUCCUCCACGCAAUCUUCCACGAGCACAACCUCCCAUACCGCAACUUCGACGACAUCGGUUUCCGUCACCUCCAGUACCAGCACCACCGUUCCGCUGAGCGUCCAAAUCUUGGAUGCUGCGCAGGCUGCAGCAGAGCAAGCAGCCAGCGAGGGAAAGUCGCCGGCAGAGCAAGCUGCCUUGGCUGGAGAAGCUGCUCGGGCAGCCGCUGCCGACCUAAACCUCCCCAUCCCGGAGCAGGCCGCCAUGGCUGGACUGGGUGCCUCUGCAGCGGCGAGAAGUGCCGGGACGAAUGCCACUGCGGAAGCAGAUGCGGCUGGUCGCGCAGCUGGUGGGGUCGGAGCUUUCUACAACUUGACGCUUCAGGAUCAAGCAGGAUUUGCAGGAAAAGCUGCCGGGGUGGCUGCUGCAAGCACGGCAGCCGAAGCUGGGGCGACGGCCAGCGAACAGGCGACAGCUGCUGGCGCGGCUGCCGCCGAUGCUGUCCAGACAUUUUCCGGGAGCGCAGAAGAGCAGGCUUUGGCUGCCGGCGCCGCCGCUGCUGCCGCCAUCGCCGCAGCGGGAGGUUCGCUGGCGGAACAGAUUGCAGCAGCCGCUGCAGCCGUCGCAGCGUCAGGAGCUGCCAAUGGAUUGACGUUGGAGCAGAUCGCAGCCCUGGCCAGCACUGCAGGCAGUACAUUGUCGGCAGCUGCCGGAGAGACAGCAGAGCAACAGGCAGCUGCUGCAGCGGCAGCAGUCUCUGCAGCCGCCCUGGCAUCAAAUGCAACACAAGCGGUCGCUGACGAUCUGGCAGCUACGACGCUGGGCAGCCUGCUGGGUGCACUGUCGCCGGCAUCCAACCAGACCAACGCAGCCAACCAGACGUCCGUGCAGCAGGCCGCAGCAGCUGGUGCAGCAGCGGCACGUAUCGCUGCAGAAGCAAACAUGACAACGGAGCAGCAGAUUGCAGCUGCAACCGUGGCAGCCUUGACUUCGGGCCAGGGCGCCCUGAGUCAAGAAGAGCUACACCAAGCAGCUGCAAGUGCUGCCGGUGCGGCGGCUGCAGCCGCUGCAGCGAGCGGCGGUCUAGAUGCAUUGCAGCAGGCAAGCGCAGCCGGUGCGACCGCGGCUGCCACGGCUGCCAGUCUUGGCAUGACCACAGAACAGCAGGUUGCAGCAGCCGCACAAGCGGCCAUUGCAGCUGGGCAGGGCGUUCUGAGUCAGGCGGAAUUGCAGCAGGCUGCGGCAAGUGCUGCUGGUGCAGCAGCAGCGGCGGCUGCAGCCGCGUCUGGUGCGACACUUCAGGAGCAGGCAGCUGCCGCUGGUGCUGCUGCUGCCCAAGCUAUCAGCGAGUUCUUCAGCGGGACCCCAGAGGAACAGGCCCUUGCAGCCGGGGCUGCUGCCGCCGCAGCCAUCGCUGCCGCAGGAGGUUCGCUGGCGGAACAGAUACAGGCAGCUGCACAGGCCGUUGCAGCCGCAGGAGCUGCACGCGGGUUGACGCUGGACCAGAUCACGGCGCUGGCAAGCACCGCAGGCAGUACUUUGUCCGCAGCUGCUGGAGAGACAGGGCAGCAACAAGCCGCUGCUGCAGCCGCAGCAGUGUCUGCUGCAGCGCUGGCAUCAAACGCCACCCAAGAGGUCGCAGAUGAUAUGGAAGCAACGACGCUGGGCAGCCUGCUGGGUGCAUUAGCUCCGGCAUCGAACCAGACCAAUGCAGCCAACCAGACAUCUUUGGAGCAGGCAAUCGCGACCGGAUCGAGCACAGCUGAGACCGCUGCCAGCCUCGGCAUGACCGCGGACCAGCAGGUCACAGCAGCUGCACAGGCGACGAUCACGGCCGGCCAAGCGGUUUUGGAUCAAGCCGGGAUUCAAUUGGCAGCUGCGCGAGCUGCUGGUGCAGCAGCAGCGUCGGCUGCAGCUGCUGCUGGUGCAACAAUUGAGGAGCAGGCAGCUGCUGCUGGUGCUGCUGCCGCCGGAACUGUCGGCGAGAUCUUCAACGGGACCGCAGAGGAGCAGGCCUUGGCAAUGGGUGCUGCUGCCGGCGCCGCUGUGGCCGCAGCAGGAGGUUCGCUGGCGGAACAGAUACAGGCAGCUGCACAGGCUGUUGCAGCCGCAGGAGCUGCAAGCGGGUUGACGCUGGACCAGGUCGUGGCGCUGGCAAGCACUGCAGGCAGUACUUUAGCAGAAGCUGCCGGGCAGACGCCGGAGCAGCAAGCAGCGGCUGCAGCGGCAGCAGUUUCCGCUGCCGCCCUGGCAUUCGGCACAACCCAGCAGGCAGCGGAUGAUUUAGCGGCCAGGACGCUGGGAAACCUGUUGGGAGCGCUGUCGCCAGCAUCCAACCAGACCAAUGCUACCAACCAAACAGCUGCGGAGCAGGCAAUCGCAACCGGCGCGAGGGCAGCGGCUGCGGCUGCCAGCCUCGGUAUGACCUCAGAGCAGCAGGUCACAGCAGCCAUACAGGCGGUGAUUACAUCCGGCCAGGACGUUUUGAGCCAGGCGGAAUUGCAGCAGGCUGCGGCAAGUGCUGCUGGUGCAGCAGCAGCGGCGGCUGCAGCCGCGUCUGGUGCGACACUUCAGGAGCAGGCAGCUGCCGCUGGUGCUGCUGCUGCCCAAGCUAUCAGCGAGUUCUUCAGCGGGACCCCAGAGGAACAGGCCCUUGCAGCCGGGGCUGCAGCCGCCGCAGCCAUCGCUGCCGCAGGAGGUUCGCUGGCGGAACAGAUACGGGCAGCUGCACAGGCUGUCGCAGCCGCAGGAGCUGCAAGCGGGUUGACGCUGGACCAGAUCGUGGCGCUGGCAAGCACUGCAGGCAGUACUUUAUCAGAAGCUGCCGGGCAGACAGCGCAGCAGCAAGCAGCGGCUGCAGCGGCAGCAGUUUCCGCUGCCGCCCUGGCAUCCGGUGCAACCCAGCAGGUAGCGGAUGAUUUGGGAGCCAGGACGCUGGGAAGCCUUCUGGGAGUUCUGUUGCCUUCGUCCAACGAGACGAAUGCAGACGGCCAGACAGGCGUGCAGCAGGCCGAAGCAGCAGGUGCGGCGGCGGCGAGUCUGGCUGCAGAAACAGGUAUGACAACGCAGCAGCAAAUCACAGCCGCAGCUGUGGCAGCCUUGACUUCGGGCCAAAUCCCCCCUCUCGUUGUGGACGACCUGCAGGACGCGGUUUCGAGUGCUGCUGGUGCAGCGGCUGCGGCUGCCGCAGCAGCUGCGGGACAGGACGUUUUCCAGCAGGCAGCGGCUGCUGGCGCUGCUGCAGCUGGUGCCAUCACCCAGUACUUCGGCGGGACCCAAGAGGAGCAAGCACUGGCAGCUGCGAUGGCUGCUGCAGAAGUCGUGGCUGCUAAUGGAGGCAGUGUGGAAGACCAGAUCCAAGCAGCGGCGGCUGCUGUUGCUGCGCAAGGAGCCUCGGAUAGCCUCACACUGGACGAGAUCGCAUCCCUUCUCGGUCAAACAAAUCUUCCUCGACUCUCAGCAGAAAGUACUGACCUAAUGGGUGCAGGUGUGAUGUGGGGCUUAAUCGCGACGGCCGUGGGCGGCAUUGCGGUGAUUCUUGCAGUCGUCAGUGUUGGCAAGAUGCAGAAGACGAGGCUGAAGCAGGCACAAGCCUUGCGUCAGGCCACUGAAGAGGCCAAGAUAGCCGAGCGGAUGCAAGACAACUUUGAUGCAACACGUGCAAAGAUCUGCGUGAUGCUGCCCAAGCUCGAGCCCGGCCAGGGAGUUGGACCCCCGGUCCCAUCGCGCUUCCAAUCCGUAGUCGAGGGCAAGAAGGAUUUCAACUUCGCCGACGACGUCCUACCUGGUGAGCGGGAAGCACCACAAGAUGCUUUCCGCGGAAGUCAUUGGGGAGAGGAUACCUUUUCCUUGGAGCUCGGAAAUGAGGUGUUUUCGGGAAACCGGAACUCGACCUCGUCCGUCAGCAGGCUCCCAGCGUCUCCUCCUGCAACAGCAUCGGCGAUCCAGAACGACUUCUGGACGGCACCAGAGGUGGGGGACGACGAGCUUCCGACCAUCAAGCCGAGUGCGCCGCGGCUUCAAGGUGGGCCAAGCAAACUACAAGGUGACGACGAAAGGUUUUCGGUUGGCAAAGUUCAACCGCCAUUUUCUCCGACCAGCGACGGCCUUGUGAGCCCAAGCGGCCGACGAUCUGCGAAAACCCUCUGA